CGACCAGGGCCGGAAGAUGGUGUAGUGACACAGCCUGCGAUGUCAUUGUGAAGGCAAGGGACUGCCAUGAGCGCUACGUAUCGAUGCGUACCGAGAUCAAUAAGUUGCCUAGGCCGGUGCUUUAGAUCCGAGCCAUCAGCGAGCUCACAAUGACGAAGACCAGAGCCACUCUCCCGGUCUUGUCUGAGCUUUUCUGGUUUGGCGCGUACACCUUCGCGUCGCUGUGUCUUCUGUUUCUCUCGUUUCGAUACCUCUCUCGGCACGCGAUUCCGGUCAUUUCGAACCCCUCUCAGACGGCACUGCUAAACGUCCGCGCAAUUGAGUAGCUACGGGAAGAGACAGACCCGCAGUCAUGGCGGAACUGUAUGAUCAGAGUAGGCACGACGCCCUCCAUCGGCUUAACCAGACACUCCUCCAAAUCGACCCUUAUAUCCUCCCACCAUAUCCCAACCUCUCCAUUGUCUCAGGGCCACUCGAUCCACCACUCCUCCAAAUUACGCUCUCGCAACUACUGGGGCAACAAGCCGAGCUCUACCCUAACCACGAGUGCCUCACCAUCCCCUGGACAGGCGCGCGAUGGACGUAUCAGCAUCUUUGGGAACAAUCUAAUCUCCUCGCAAGGGCACUGUUGCGGUAUGGAGUGCGUCCAAGAGAUAGAGUUGGAAUUAUGAGCGGAAACUGCGAGAAGUACGCUGCAGUGUUCUUUGCGUGCGCAAGAGUGGGAGCGAUCUGCGUGACGUUGAAUAACACGUAUACGCCGACGGAGAUGGAGUAUGCGUUGAAGCAUACGAAAUGCCGGAUUUUACUUACGAGCUCAAUGAUCGGUCGGUUUGACAACAGGCCGCUAUUAGAGAGAUUAAGAGACACAGACGUCGCUUCCCAGAUCCCAGACUUGAAGACCGUGUGUCUGAUAAGAGGCGAAUAUGAGGGAUGUAUCACAUACGACGAGUUUAUCAACGAAUCUCUUUCCAUCCCUGAGCAUAUCCUAGACAUCUUCGACGGCAUCAUAAGUCCCUUCGACGUCGCCAAUCUACAGUUCACGAGCGGAAGCACGGGAAACCCGAAAGCAGCUAUGCUCACACAUCACAACCUCAUAAACAACUCUCGCUUUAUCGGCGACCGAAUGGCGCUCACACCCGCUGACACCCUCUGCUGCCCCCCACCCCUCUUCCACUGCUUUGGUCUCACCCUCGGUCUACUCGCAACCCUCACCCAUGGCGGCCGCAUAGUAUAUCCCGCCGAGUCCUUCGACCCUGACGCCACUAUGCACGCUAUCUAUGAUGAGCGCUGUACUGCGCUCCACGGCGUACCUGCUAUGAUGGAGUCCAUCGUCAACCUGCCCAAGCCCGAGGGUUGGACUUCAGAGUUACGCACGGGUAUUGUGGCCGGUAGCCCAGUGCCCAGGUGGCUGAUGGAGCGCAUGGUGGAAGAGCUGGGUAUGGCGGACUUUACGAGUAGCUACGGGUUGACGGAAGCGAGCCCGACAGUGUUCAAUGCGCACACGACAGACCCCCUACACACUCGCCUAAUAACAGUCGGGACUGUCCUGCCGCACGCAAGAGUAAAGAUCGUGGACCGCGACAAUCGAAUCGUGCCUAUCGGCGUGAGAGGUGAGUUGUGUGUCACUGGGUAUCAGGUGUGUAGAGGCUACUGGGAGAACGCGGAGAAGAGCGCGGAGGUGCUGGUAAGAGACGAACACGGAGAGAUAUGGCUGCAUACCGGCGACGAGGCGAUGCUGGAUGUCGAUGGGUAUUGCACUAUUACCGGGCGCUUCAAGGACAUUAUAAUCCGCGGCGGCGAAAACAUCUACCCCCUCGAAAUCGAAGAGCGCCUCGUCGCGCACCCGUCCGUCGCGCGCGCCAUCGUCGUCGGCGUCUCGCAUCCGCGGUACGUAGAAGUGCCCGCUGCCUUUCUGGCGCUCGAAGAAGGCGCGGAGAAGCCAGGCCUGGAGGAGAUUAAGAAGUGGGUGCGGCAGAUUCUGGGGAGGCAUAAGGCGCCUGCGCAUGUCUUCUGGGCGGGGGAAGGCUGGGACGGAGAGGUGCCGCUUACGGGGAGUGGGAAGAUUAAGAAGUUUGUGCUGAGGAGCGUGGCGGAGGCGCUGUUGAAGGAGGGGGUGAGGUAGUGAGAGCGUGUCUAGGUGCGUAGGCGGUAGCCUGCCGAAUAUGAAUAAAUUAG